UCAAGAUGAUUGAUCUUUUUAUGCCUUUUCGUUCAUUUUUGAAAUUUGAGAAUGUAUGUACUGAUAAUAAUAUUUUUCGAAUGCAUUACAAGCUCACAGUCAUAAUAUUAUUGGUGUUUACACUUCUUGUGACUUCAAAGCAGUUUUUCGGAGAGCCCAUACAUUGUAUGAGCGGCAAUGAUAAAGGCAAUGAUAAGGACGCCGUGAACAGUUAUUGUUGGAUAUAUGGAACAUACACGCUGAAGAGCCAGCUUUUAGGUGUUGAAGGCAGGCACAUGGCAUAUGUAGGAGUAGGACCGGCUAAGUCCGACGAUGAUGAGCAGAUCAAACACACUUACUACCAGUGGGUGUGUUUUGUACUACUUGGUCAAGCCACCAUGUUUUAUGCUCCUCGAUACCUGUGGAAAAUGUGGGAAGGAGGCAGGCUGAAGGCACUGGCAGCUGAUCUUAGCAGUCCAAUGGUUUCGAAGGAUUGGUCAGAGUUCAGGCGCAAGGAACUUGUCUCAUAUUUUAAUUACACAAAUAUGUAUACUCAUAAUAUGUAUGCCCUGCGUUAUGCAUUUUGUGAGUUACUGAACCUUGUAAAUGUGGUUGGUCAAAUAUUUAUUCUGGACUUGUUCCUUGGUGGUUCAUUCCGUAACUAUGGUGCUGCAGUUGCAGCUUUUACGCACACCCCACGCAUACCUAACGAUUUUACCAACUUCACCUCUGUCAACCCCAUGGAUGAAUUUUUUCCCAAACUCACUAAAUGCUGGUUAAGAAACUAUGGACCUUCAGGCUCUCUUGAAUUAAAGGAUCGAUUGUGUGUACUACCUUUAAAUAUUGUUAAUGAAAAGAUAUUUGUUAUCCUUUGGUUCUGGCUUAUUAUAUUAACGGCUUUCUCUAUACUAGCUGUAGUUUUUCGUUUUCUCUUGCUUAUAUUAUAUCCACUGCGGACAGUAAUGAUACGUGGACAAAUACGCUAUGUUAAAAGAAGUGUUGUCUCACGUAUUGUAAAGAGAUUUGGUUUUGGGGACUGGUUUAUUCUCCACUUAUUGGGUAAGAACAUGAAUCCAAUAAUUUUUAAGGAUUUAGUACUUGAAUUGGCCAAAGAAAUAGAACAUAAUGCUAUAAUGGUAUAACUCACGUUUUGAGUUUUUCGAAAUAAGUCGCUAAUUUGAAUUAAGAUUUGCUACAAUAACAGUAAAAUAAUUAUUAUAAUUCAGUUAGCCUGUGCUCAGCUAUUUGUUAAAAUUUUGAAUUUACAAUUAGUGUAAUUAAAAUCUUGCACUUUGCAUGAUUGCUUGCUAUUGAUUAGAAUGAGCUGAACUCUUUAGAAGUAAUGUUUAAAUAAUAAGUGCGUAUUAGUAAUCACAUAAAAGACUGAUUAUAGAAAUUGUUAUUGAGGACUUUGUUUAGUUCCUAAAAGAGAAAUUAUAGCAUUUGUUGAACAAAUGUUUUGAUAUAUUUUCUUUUAAGAAGUACAAGAGAAUUGUUAUUUAAGUUCCUUUGUUUACUAUUUUCAGUUGAAAGUCUAUUUAGUCAAAAGGGUUUUGUUUUAUUUUUAGCAAUAACUGAUGAUAAUGUAAAACAAAAUGAAACAAUGUUUAAGAAGUUCAUAUUUGUUUUAGUGAUCAUUAAAAUUUAUUUAAGACAUUUUUCAAAUAAUUAAAUGAUAUAACAGAAUGCUGGUUUUACCUGUUUUUUUUUUUUUCAAUAAAACAUACAAUAUUGCAUGAACAGACGCAAACCACUGUGUUUCCAGUCUAUUCCUAACGGAAUUGAUUUUUCAAAAUUUGUUGUCUUAUUGUGAGACUGCAUAAAUAGGUAACAAUCCUGUGUUAUCCGCGGCAAAGUAAUCCUGCGUCAUGGUGCGCAAUGGAUGAGGCAGACGUCACAAUUCACACUUGAGACUUCAAGGUUGUUUUAAAAUGAGUGGCGUCAUCGUUGGCCUGUCUGGGCUUCGGAGAUCACUUAAUAUCAGGCAGGCCGUGAAGUCAUCGUACUAUGUAAAUCAAUACAAAUGUUAAAUAGAAGCAGUUGCAAAUUUAUAAUGCAAUGAGAAAUCUAAGCAAAUGUGAAUAUGUAAUGUGAAAAUUUCGUAAAUAUUGGGGACCGGUUAUAUUUUUUUAUCUUUUUUUUAUUGCUUAGAUGGGAUGGGACGAGCUCAUAGCCCACUUGGUG